AGGGAAAUUAAUAACAUUGACGACUUGAAGGUUUCAUAUUUUAAAUUCAAUGGUCAUUUUUAUACGCGAGGAAUUGAAUGCAAUUUUUGAACAAUAGAUGACCAUUUCUCUACAAAUAACACUUCGUCAAAUGUGGUUGGACCCAAGGCUCCGGUUUGAAGUGGACAAUGAUCUGAUUGAGUAUGUCACUUUGGAUGAUUCUCUAUUCUCAGGAUCCGCUGUAGGCUUGUGGAGCCCUGACAUAUUUUUCGCAAACGAAGCCUCUGGAUUUGUUCAUUCCAUCAUGAAGCCAAAUUCUUAUAAACGAGUAUUUCCUGACGGGAGUGUCAUGUGGAGUACCAGGUUGACUUCAACGUUCUCAUGUCCCAUGGACCUCCGCUACUUUCCAUUUGAUAACCAAAUCUGCACCAUUCGCAUGGAGUCUUACUCCUUGUCCAGCAGGGACCUCAUCGUCAGAUGGGUGAACACGAACUCUGUUACAUUUAUGGACUCAAAAGGACCACGCUUCUUAAAGUUUGACUUAACGAGACAUGAAACAGGAAACUGCAGUUUACCCACCACAACGGAAUUUAGUUGCAUAUUUCUCAGCAUGUUUCUCCAACGUCAACCUUGGGUUUAUAUUAGUUUGGUGUAUAUGCCCACCGGGCUGUGCGUCUGCCUUUCUUGGAUAUCAUUCUAUCUUGGCCCAGCAAUCAGCGCUAGGUUGAGCCUAACUCUGACCCUUCUUCUGACCAUGGCCACCCAAAUUCAUGGAAUGAGUCAAAAUCUACCUCAAGUGCCAUACGCGAAGGCGAUUGAUACCUGGACAGGAUUUUGCUUGAGCUUCGGUGCCCUUGCCAUCUUGGAAACAGCGGUGGUGGCGUAUUCUCUCCAGCAAAAGCAGAAUCAAAUUGGCAACUUGAUCCCAGAGAAACUAAUUAACGGAAGAUCUUCCAAGGCUCGAAAAACCUUAAUGUUGGAUAAAGUGUCGAGGGUUCUAUUCCCGGUAGGAUUCUGCUUGUUCGGCUUGGCGUAUGUGUUGAUCUACAUUGUUGGGGACAACUACCCCACAGUGGGUGGCUAUGAACAAAAGAAGGACUAAUCACUAAAUAGAUUCAAAUAUUCGCUUAUACUCUAAAUUAAAUGAAGCUAGUCUAAUAAAAACCCUUAUCUCACUG